GGGAAGCACGAAGUGAAGCAGAGGAUGUGGCAGUGCUCUUCACUGACACCCCAAAUCUGCAGGCAUCCCAGUGCAUCGAGGCACUCAUCGCUCAGAGGGCCGCGAGAGCUCGAUUGAUCGAUCAGUCGAUGGGGAUUCUGUAGGUCGUCAUCGGAGGACUGCGGAUGAUGAUGGUGUAUUGGUGUUGUGACUUGUGACGAAGCGCGGGAGGGAUAGAUGUUAGGUCGGGGUAGACGAGGAGAGGUCUGAAGGGGAUCGGUUGAUCGAGGAAUUGGUAGAUUUUUCCAGGCCCUGUUGUAUUUGAAGAGUGUCCCUUGGGAGCCAUGGUGCUCGUUUUGGCAAUGGGCGACAUGCACAUUCCGCACAGAGCUGCGGAUUUGCCUGCGAAAUUCAAGUCUAUGCUGGUGCCUGGCAAAAUUCAGCACAUUUUAAGUCCUGGCAAUUUGUGCAUCAAGGAAGUGCAUGAUUACUUGAAGAGUCUCUGCGCUGAUGUACAUGUCACUCGCGGAGAAUAUGAUGAUGAUUCUCGCUACCCUGAGACGAAAUUGCUCACAAUUGGUGCUUUCAAGCUUGGGAUUUGUCAUGGGCACCAGGUGGUGCCAUGGGGAGAUUUGGAUUCUUUGGCAAUGUUGCAGCGACAACUGGAUGUAGAUAUUCUCAUCACCGGUCACACCCACCAAUUUAAAGCCUACAAACACGAGGGAGGUGUUAUCAUCAACCCAGGAUCUGCGACAGGUGCUUACAGCAGCAUUACAUACGACGUAAACCCCAGUUUCGUUCUAAUGGACAUUGACGGUUUGCGAGUGGUGGUCUAUGUAUAUGAAUUAGUGGACGGAGAGGUGAAAGUUGACAAAAUAGAUUUUAAAAAACCUCAACAAGGAAAUUGAUGCACUCUAUAGUAGUAGCAGGUACAUUCGGAUGAUUCCUCUGAGUUUAGAUCGUCCAAACUUGAUUGUAGUUACUCUCCUUGCCCUCAUUUUGUGAAUGAUACCUUUCACUCGUCCAUGACACAAACUGUGAGAUAUCAGCCCUCACUUAAAUGCAGCAUUCAGGUUGAUGAUAGUGCAGGCUUCUUAUGUUCAUGGUUGGGUUGCGUACUUGGAGGCUCACAUCAAUUCACAAGAUCAUGUAUAUUGUCCAGAAGCUUCAGUAUUUUAUAUAUUUAACCUUUGACUGAGCUUCUUUGAAGCAAUUCGAGAUUCUCACGUAUCCACAAUGAGAAUCCUUGGGUGCAGUCAUCAGCGAGCUCAUGAAAUAAAUACUUAUCUAGGUGAUGGCACUUGGAUAGUCUUUUGACAGUGUUCACAUGCUGUUACUAAUAUCUUUGAACCCAUGUUCAAAUAUAUAUCUCGAGUAUGGAAGCCUAAUGCAUGGAAGGA